AUGUUUAUCACUGCGGCCACGCUUUUCGCCAGCUACUUUCAAACUACCGGCGCGUUAGUUGAGGCCUCUGAUGUGGUCUCCACGACUGCAGGCGAAGCAGUGGAGGCGGAACACGGUGACAAAAUAUUUCCACAGACGGAAAGCAAAACUACCGGCCUGGAGGGCAAGCUUGUAACGAGACAGCUAUCGACGCCGGGGAAUUCCAUUGAGAAUACUGCAAUACAAUUGUCGCCGUACGAAGGUCAGGAUGCUCAGAACGACAAAGCAGCUACUGACAAGGGCCCGUCAUCUCUGAGCGACAGAAUCGAGUCUGUCCGACUGAUUGUCACCAUGAAUCUAGUAUGGGACGAGCUUGCUGAAAAGUUUUAUAAGAAAUUCAGAGAUGAGAAGUGGAGUUUGGAUGAACUCAAGACCAAGCUUGGAAUCGUAGAGGGCAUGUCACCAGACUCCGACGAGGAACACGCCUUGACUUCGAUACUUAUGUUUGCCAUGUACGAGGAUAUCGUUAUCAAAGCCACAGAUGAUGACUUGCUGACCAACGGAAUCGACAUUCUGACGAAACUCAGUGAAGAUUCUCCCGCUAUUACGUUCUUUGGGCAGUACGUGGGCGGAACGCUGACGCAGAAAGCACUCAAGAAGAAGCUGGGCAUCACAGGGGUUACCCCGAAAUCCUCAGAGAAGUACCAGGCUUUCGAACUGCUGGUGGACGCUCGUGUGUUUUACGACAACCUCGAGAAAAUUGAGAUCGAUCCUCUCAAAAGCAGCAUCCUAAAGAUGACGACGAUGACUAAGAAUCCACUUGUUGACAAGUUUUAUGACCAAUUCAUGAAUGAAAAGUGGACCACGAAGAAACUCGUAUCCAAGUUGGGAAUCACAAAGCACACAGCCGCGGAUUCGGAGAAGUACGACGCCCUGUCGUCGUUGGUUCAAGGCCGCAUGUACGUGCAUGGUGUCACGAACGCAAAAACUCUGAUUUCUAAAAACAAGACCAAGACGUUUUUGACGAAGCUUCACGGUAACGAACUGGCUCAAAAAUACCUUGGACAGUUUAUGGCUGGAUCGUUGAAGGAGACGUCUCUAAAGGCUGAAUUGAAAGUGACGAAGAAUACUCCAAAGGACUCGGAUGAGUACGAGGCUGCCGCGCUACUGACCGAGGCUCGCGAACUCAGCGAUACCUUCAUGUAA